AUGGAGGAUGAAACACUGAUUGAUCUACUCUUGAAUCUCACAUCUGACUCACAGACUGGUUACACCAUUGGCCGUUUGCCUUUACUGCCUCAGAUGCCAGUGAUGGUCUGUGACAAUUUCGAUGUGUCAGGGGGUAUUGUGAAUGGCAGUGAAGGAAUCCUCAAAUCAGUGCGUUACACCACAGAUGAUCAUGGCACAUGGUGUGCCACCAGCUGUGUGGUCAGAAUUGAAGAUUCCAGUGAACAUUCUUUUACAGAGCUGCUCCCUCAUGAAUGUGUGAUUUUGCCGAAAACGCUAUCCUUCAAAGUAUCAUACCCAUUCAGUGGUCAAUCAGUUACUGUGAAACGAACCCAACUGCCAUUGCUCCCAGCAUUUUGUAUUACUGACUACAAAUCUCAAGGUAGGAUGAUGCCCAAAGUGAUCCUUGACAUCAAAAGUGCCUGUUCCAUUCAAUCAGCUUAUGUGAUGAUAUCACAUGCUACAGCACUGGAAAACUUGCUGAUUUUGCACCCUUUCAACCCCAAACAUAUUAUGUCUCACAUGAAUGGAGACCUAUGCAAGGAACACUCUUGGCUGCAAAUUCUAGAAUGCAAGACUAUUUUGUGGACAACUUCACAAAACUUCCAUCAUGCAGAGGCCAUGGCAUUAAAAAUGCAAUUGAUGGCAAGUUCUUGA